CAAGUUCAAGACAUUUGGUUACUUAAAACUUGUUAAAAUAUUUGAGUGUUGACCAGUGUUACCAACAUGAACAUAACACAUUAAUGUCGAGUACAAGCUGACACGGUUUUAUGUAUUUUAGAUAUUUUGCAUUGAUUAUUGAUUCAUAAUAUUUGCUAAUAAUCAGUCAUUUAUAGCGCAAAGGAUUGCAUCAAAGCUAAAUACUAUGUUUAUUUAUUGCAAUGGUCAUAUAUAGGUUUUGUGUUAAUUGACGUCGUAAGUGAAAAAAAUGGUUACUUCUAAUAAAGUGCCCGAUCAAAAGAUAGUGAAGAUGGCAGAACAGAAUAAUGGUGCUGUGGUCCCUCAAAGAACAUUAAUUGGGGAAGUAAAUGAACAUAUAACAUGUACUUUGUGUCGAGGUUACUACAUAGACGCCACCACGAUUGUGGAAUGUUUACAUUCCUUUUGUCGAAGUUGUAUUAUCAAGCAUUUGCAAGUGAAAAGUUACUGCCCUGUUUGUGAGAUGAUGAUUAAUUCCGCUAAACCUAACAUUAAAUUAGAUAAAGCGCUUCAAGAUAUUGUUUACAAACUAGUGCCUGGUCUUUUUCAAAAAGAAAUGGAACGUCGACAGCAGUUUUACUCCUCAAGACCAGGACCGGCUGCAACUGCAACACCUGAACAACGCGGUGAAGAUACUGAAAGAAUUAUAUUUAGUCCUGAAGAUGUCAUCUCUUUUUCCCUGGAAUAUGCCGAUCACACUGAUGCUGACAGCAUCUCAAGCAAAUCUUCGGAUAGUAAUGAAGCUCAAAAUACGUUAGUAGCAGCAAGGCGAUUUUUGCAAUGUCCAGCUGUAGUUAAUAUAAAUCACCUUAAAAAAUUUUUGAGUAUGAAAUUUGAUAUAGAUAGUUCUCAAUUUGCUAUUGACAUACUGUAUAAAAGAGUACCACUACCUGAUUAUUAUACAUUAAUGGACAUAGCAUACAUAUACAACUGGAAAAGAAAUGAGCCAAUGAGAUUCUUUUAUCACAUCAUUGAUUAUGUUGCCAUGCGCAAUAGACUAUUUGAUAUAAAUCAAAAAAGAACACACUUCCCUGAUAGAAAACCAAGCCCAACUUCUACCGAAGAAACAAUUACCAGCAGCCCUGCACCAAAUAUUAAUGAACAAGGUUCUGAAGUGUCGUCUGGAACUGAUAGCCCUAUGCUUGAUGAUAAUACUAAAAAAACAAGUGACCCAAUAAACAAAUGUAUUUCAAACAAUACAGCAAAAGAUACAAAUACUACAGAAACCCCAAGUACAAAUAAAACUACCUUUAUAGUGCCACCUAAGAAGAAUGAUGAUGAAGAUGAGAAGUCUCAAUUUUUAAAUUCUUUUGAGUUAACAGCUAGGAACAGUAGUGUAAAUGUAAAAACUUCACCUAAAAAGCCUAAUACUGCUGAUGCUAUCAAAACAAAAGAGAGUCUUCCUAAAAGUGAUAUGCCUAAAGUAGAUGACACUUUGAAGAGAAAACUUCCACCAUCAUCAAAUAUGCCUGAAAUGAAAAAAUUAAAAAUUGAAUUAGAAAAGGCUAAGCUACCAAGCCCUCCAGCUGUAACAACAAUUCCAAUUUUAUCAACUGUAUCAACUGUUCCUGUUCAUUCUUCUAAAGAAGCUGCCAAAGUUGAAAAAUUACCUGAUAAUUCUGAAAAGAACAAAAUUUUACCAGAAUCAUUGAAAAUGUCUCAAUCAUCUUCUACUUCAAAUGUAAACCCUACAAACUCCACAAUGCCACCAAAGGAAAAUAAACAACAACAGACAAAUGUAGUCAAACCGCAAAUUUCUGAUAACUCUGGUCUGAAAAGAAAUAAUCCAGGGGUACAAAGUACAUUAUCACCAAAACGAAAACCAAAUGAGAUUCCAACUAACCAGCCUUCAUCAGGUCAAAAAACUGUGUCACCACUAAAAUUGCAUAUUCCAAAAAUGGAUGGUUCAUCAUCUACUCUAAAGCCACCUGAGACUCCUAAACCAGUUACUAAAAAGAUGCCUGAUUUAAAACCUAGUGGCUCUAUACCUUCAUCAUCAUUUCAAAAUAAAGGCCCUCCUGUUAAUAAAGUGCGAAUGGAUCUGCUGGCAAACAAUAGUGAUCCAACUAUAGAUAGAAGUAAAAUAUUAUCUCAAGUGAAGUCGUCAUUGCCCAUGCCUAACACUGGCCAGACAACAUCAGGAGACCCUCUAAAGUCCUUGUUUGACUCUUGCAAAAUUAAUAUACCUUCAUCUUUAUCUAUAACUUUAACUGACCAAAAAUUGGAGACUCGAAACGGGCCAGAUCCAAUUAAUGUUGAUCAGAAAAAGGGUAUUAUUAAUAAGAAUUUAUCAAAUGCUAACAAUUUGUCACAUAAAGUACCAAGUCCACCCGUCCAUAAUUAUAUUGAAAUAUUAAAAUUGCCAGAAACAGAUCCAAAAAAGCCAAUCAAAUUGCCUGAGGCCAAUAAUGAGAUAAAGAUUACCCCAACAAAAGGUGAACCUAAUACUGGGCAACCAAAGGUUACUAAUAAAUCUUCAGAAACAUCUGCAAAGGGCCCCAUACCAAAUCUUAAACCCAUUUCUGAUACUAAGCUGGGAAAGCAGACUGGAUCUUUCUCUGCACCCAUUACUUUUCAACAGACAUUUGAACAGCAACUUCAGUCCAUGCAAACAGAUAAGAAGGCAAAAUUACCAAAAAAUAAAUCUCAGGUUCCCAAACUUGUACCAGCAACUCCAAAAGCAUUCAGUGCAGCUAAUAAACUUGGUGCUUCCAUUGUUAAACCAGCCGGUCCCAGCUUGCCCCCAUUAGAAAGUAAAACUAACGCCGCUUUAGAUUUGUCCACUCCACACAAUAUACAAAGUCAAUUGGGCCCACAACAAACAAAAGCAUUUGAAACUAUGCAAUCAAUUGCCAAUUUAGCCAAGAAACAAGGAAUGCCUUCAAAACCAUUGCCUCUUCCUUCAUCACAAAACAAUGUUUUUUCCACUUUAACCAAUAGAUCUACAAAUGCAGUCCCAUCUCCAUUAAGAGUUCCUUCUGCAAGUGGAAUUAAUCAAUUGAAACUUGAAAAGGUUAAUCCUGUUAGUACACCACCCAGUAAUUUAAGGCAAGAUGUGCAAAACAGUAAUAAAGUAAACCAAAUGAAACAAUCAGUUACUACAAGUUCAUCUAUACAAAGUUUGGGUUAUCCAAUGUCUGCCCAUAGCUCACAAAGCACAGCACAACCCUCACCAAGAUCACAAACUAGAUCUCCCAGUUCUUCUCCUAAAUUAGUUAUAGCAGAAGAGAAGCAAUCAAGUAAUAACUCUAUGGAGCAUAACAUCAAUCAGUCAAAUCAAAUAACAAGUACUCAACUGCCUAGCAUGAGUUCUAACAAGAAUGAAUUACCUAAGCCUGCUCCAGGGCCUUCAAAACCUAUGAAACCAUUAAUACCGACUGGUAAAGUACCAAGUAUAAGACAACCAAUAACUCCUAUCAUGAAACACAACUCUCCUAUGAAUUCAUCUGAUUAUAUGAAUCCUACACCAAUACUUUCUACACACCCCAGUAUCACACAUCUAAUAAGACAUCAAAUGGAGAUGCAAACAGCCUGGCUUAAGGCCCAAAGACAAUAUGAUCUGUUCAAAAAUAUGUCUAACAUGGGUCAUCAGCCACAAAACGAUUUUAAUAACAAAGACAAAUUAAACUUUACAUUUAACUUAAAAAUGUCUGCUGUCCAAGCAACUAUUCCAUUUAAAGUGAAAAAGAAGGUUAAUAUUAAUUUGAAAAAAGAUAAAAUUGUUGAAGAUGCUUUAAAGAAAAAACAGAAAUUGAGAAGAAAAAAUGAAGAUUAUGAGCUGACAUAUGGAACUGAGAAUGGUUUGAACUUUAUGCAUACAUUUAAAUAUUGUUCACCGCCAAAACAAGCUAAGAUUACAGAAAAUUGUGAUGACGACGUGGAUAAGGAAAACUCGAAUGAUCAAAAUAUCAUCGCGGAAAAUUCAAUGAAACCGUUAGUAGGAAGAGAAAAGGAGAUUGCAUGGCUUGAACAAAAUUUAUUAGAACAUCUUGAGAAUGAAGAAUCCGCAUCUUUAUAUGUCUCUGGUCAGCCCGGCACAGGGAAGACAGCCAGUUUGAAAUAUAUAUUAAAUUUACCUAAGAUAAGAAAUGGCUACAAGCAGGUCUACAUAAAUUGCACAAUGAUGAAGUCCGCAGCCAGCAUAUUCAGUAGGAUCUGUAGCGAACUGCAGCUGAAGACGAGUGGAACUACUGAGAAGGCCUGUCUCACCGCUAUCGAAAAAUACUUCAAAAAGAAUCAAAAGAUGAUAUUACUGGUGCUGGACGAGAUCGACCAGCUGGAGAGCAAGCGGCAGGCGGUGCUGUACACGGUGUUCGAGUGGGCGGGCGUGCACGCGCGCGUGCUGCUGGUGGGCGUGGCCAACGCGCUGGACCUGACGGAGCGCAGCCUGCCGCGGCUGCAGGCGCGCCAUCUGCGCCCGCGCACGCUGCACUUCGCGCCCUACACCAAGCAGCAGAUCAUCGACAUAUUCGUCUCCGUGCUCGAAAAGGAGGAUAAGACCAACGCCUUCUCGCCCGUCGCUCUGCAGUUGUUGGCCGCUAAAAUAUCCGCCGUGUCGGGGGACAUGCGGCGAGCGCUCGAUAUCGGUAAGAGGGUGAUCGAGCUCGCCAAACGCAGCAAGUUCUCAGAGAAUCACUGCGUCGACAGCAUGAUGAAGGACGCCAGCGUCACCGUCGAGCUAAAGCAAGUUCUAGAAGUACUGGACGAUGUGUACGGAGGCGGCAGGAAGAUCGAGAACGAUGUAGAGGAAGGCCUGCCCAUGCAGCAAAAGUUGGUUCUAUGCAGCAUUAUGCUGAUCCUGACUAAGGGGAAGAAUAAAGAUUUGGUUAUGGGGAAGUUACACGAUGUUUAUAAAAGGGUCGCUCGGUCGCGGAACAUAGCGCCGCUCGACAUCAGCGAGAUGAUGAGCGCGUGCUCGCUGCUGGAGGCGCGCGGCGCGCUGGGCGCGGGGGCGGGGGCGGGCGGGGGCGCGGGGCGCGGGCGGCGGCUGCGCCUGCAGUGGGACGAGGCGGAGCUGCUCGCCGCGCUGCAGGACAAGCCCCUGCUCUCCGCCAUACUGAAUGACGUCAACUGCUUGUCAGCUUCAUAGCACCAUGUGUCAUUGCUAGUGUUUUAGGCCACAUCUACCGUUUCAAGCCCCACGACGAGUGUGACCAGCCUUAGUUGUAAUUUGGACGCGCUUGGUACAAGUACAGGAACUUUUUCUUUUAAUUUUGACAAGUUAUGUGUUGUAUGCAGCAAGAUGAUAUGAAAAACUAUUACGGAAUUCAAAUGUAGUGUUAUUUCACGCUUCUAUAGUCAAAGUGCUUUAUAACUAAGAGAUUUAAAGUUAAGUUUUAAAGUUAGUGGAAUUUUGUGUUGGUGAUGAAAAUGUUGUCAUUAAGUAUUAUUAAGUGUAACAUUUUGUUUGAAUCACAUGUAAACUAGUAUUUAUCACUUGACUGUUUAACAUAAGUAGACAAUAAUGUAAUAGGAUGUGUAGGUAGUGUUAAGUUUCUGUAUGUUAUGACAUGAAUAUCAAUUUUCUUCAUAAAAAUUGUGUUCAAAAUUUACUCAGUUCUCUUUGCCUUUUUUUGCUUUUACUAUGCUGUAAGGGAUGUACGUGUGGGAUAUUAACCCUUAACAAACGUCACACAAGUGUUUUGGCAUUUUUUUUAUUUUUCGUACUGUUUUUAAUAAGGAUUUUGUAUAUUUUUAUUAUACUUUUACUACAACUCAACUUUUAAACUUUUUAAAACUAUGUGUUAUAUGCAAAAUUGUGUUAAUACGAUAUUUUUUUUCAUUAAAUCGAUUUUACGACUAAUGUUUCUUAUUGUUUAAAAAUAAUUUUGUAUACUCGUGUACUCUGGAAUAGUAAGAAAUUCCAAAAUAGUGAGAAAUUUCGGAAUAGUAAAAAAUAUUUUGAGGUUUUAACAUAUUUUUUACUGACUGACAUUCAUACAAUUAUGUUGCAAAAUUAUUUGUCUCGUUUCCUGUUAGUUUAUAUUAGUUUUUCUUUUGAUGUAUGUUUUGUGUGUUCAUAUGUAUUUGAUUAUUAUUUUGUUGUAAAAUAUUGUGUUUCUUCUUUUUAUAAUGGUCUUGUAUGAUUUAUAUAAAAUGUUGUUUUUAGUAAAUCCCGUUUUCUCUCGCUGUAUUUCUGUUGUACCGCGAACAUUGUUCUCUAAGCUAAGACUGAUGAAUUAUGCAGUUAUCUUUAUAUGUUUGUCAAAGUUAUUUAUGCUUUUUAAUUGUCUUAUUUUUAAUUUUAAUAAAAUAAUUCAAAUUGUAUGAAAUGUCAUUAUUAUUUAUUUCAACUUGAAUCUCAUACUUUUCAUAAAACUAAUACGUUCUAUUAUGUCUGGCUUUCCCAGCCUUUUGUAGGUACAAAAAUGCAAUAAAAGACAAUUCUAAACAUUAUUAAUUUAUUCUAUUCCUUAAAAUUAAUACUAAUUUGUGCGAAAAGCUUUUUACAAUAAACGACUGACCCAAGUUCUAACAAUUAGGUAUUUUGAUCAUGUUUGUAUAGCUUGAAAGAAUUUAAUUCUCCAUCGCUCGGAAA